UGUUCUAGCGUUAGGGUUCUUGGUUGCCAUAGCAAUGGAGGCGUACAAGGCGUGGGUGCGUGGCAAUCGGCAAUGGCUCGCUUCAAUCGAGAGCAUUGCUACGACCAUGACUUGGCUGCUGCCAGAGAGGUUUGCGAGCUCGGAGCUGGCUCCGGAAGCGCUGUCGACGGCGAUUGGGCUCGUCACGGUGAUGAAUCAAUAUAUUGUGGAGUCUGCCAGUCCCAAAAAUCUUCCCCCAUUCAUGCGCAGCGGCGCAGACGAUCGUGACAAAAGCAUUCCUUGGCCGAUUUUCAUCUCGAUUGUGAAAGAGCUCGAGGUGUUGGUGGAGCUGACUGCCGAGCACUACCGCGGUCCAAAUGGGAAAUGGAGCACUCUAGCCGUCGUGGAAGCGAUCAAGGUCUUGAUCAGGCUAAAGAUUUUCCACGACAGUGGAUACAAGAUGCUCAUCGAUGGAGGAGAGUCCGAGAAUCAAGAGGAGGCCUCGUACUGCGAUCCUUACGCGAGACGAGGAGCUAGAACAAGCGGUCGACCACAAAACGUUCAAGGAAAAGCUAUGGGAGCCUUGUAUAGCUUUGGAAACAGCCUCUCUGGAAGACCAUCGUGGCUACAAAAGAGGGACGCUGCUCAACAACCUGUGCAAAGAGGCUUGCUCUCGCUUUGGAAGCAACCAGCCGCUAGGUGGUUCAUCGUCGGUGAAACUUCUCUCAUCUUGAGACCACUGAUCUACGUUUUUCUCAUCCGCCGAUACGGACUGAAGUCAUGGAAACCUUGGCUGGCUUCACUCGCCAUAGAUCUUACGGGUUUCAGCAUCUUGUUUUUGACAGAUCAAUGGAGUAGCAAGAGUAGCAACGAGUCCUUGAUAAUUUCUCAAGGGAGUCCAUCCAGACCACUAUCAGCUGCCGAAAAGAAUGAGCUUAAGCGACGACAACUCUUGUGGGCUUUCUAUCUUCUCAGGAGUCCCUUCUUCGACACAUACUCGAGACACCAAUUCCAAAGGAUCGGAAAGGUAGCAAAGCCUCUACCUUUGUUCGGCACCUUGGCAUCCAAGGCGAUGGAGCUGCUAGCGGGAGUCCAAAGCAUUUACUCGUACACUGCCGCGUCGUGACGAGAGAAGAACCGUAAAGAUUUAAGAUGGACCAGCGAUUGGGUUCUUAUUUUAGGGUUUCUAUGUCGAGCUCCGCGAUGAAUGAAUCCAGGCUCCACGAGAA